AUUACCUGAAAUAUAAGACGACGAAUUAUUCUUGGAACCAGAAUUACAUUUGAAAAAGAAAAAGAGAAUGUUUGAUAACAUUAUUAUUUAAUCUGUAAAGAGUAUAUAAAAGAUUGAUUCAGGAUAAGAAAAAUGGAGCAUAAAACUUUACUGAUUUUGGUAAUGGUAGUUAUGAUUUAUUCACUGAUUUGUGCAGCAGUAAUGAUGGUGUUAGAGAAAAGAAACGAAGAGACAUCAGCAAGUGACGUAUUAUCGACAAUAAACACGUUCUUAUCUGAUCACUCAUCCUGUAUGACCAAAGAGGAAUUACAAGUAUUUCUAAACAAGAUAAAAGAUUCAUUCGACAGCGGCAUUAUGUCGCCAAACGGGACAGCAAAACCGCCACAGUGGGAUUUCGAGAGUUGUAUUUUCUAUACUAUGACAGUAUUAACAACUAUAGGUUACGGGAAUCAAACACCAGUAACAAAAGAAGGGAGAGUUUUCACAGUGAUAUUUGCUACAAUUGGUAUUCCCGUAGCAGGGCUUAUGAUGGUUGGUGUUGCAGAAAGAAUGAAAAGAUUAUCAAAACGAAUAGAAAAUAAAAAAAUUCCAUGUCUCAAAACCCAUUCAACAAUUGACAAUAUAUUGAAAACUAUAUUAAUACAUUUAACUAUGAUAACAUUAUUGGUACUAAUCCCAUCCACAAUAUUUCGUGUGGUAGAAGGCUGGAGGUAUGGGGAUGGAAUAUAUUAUAGCUUUAUAACGUUAACAACGAUUGGAUUUGGAGACUAUGUUGUUGGCAUUAAUGACGAUAGAGCUGGGAAGCAUGUGUACAAAUUCCUUGUAGUGGUGUGGAUAUUUUUUGGUUUAUCAUGGGUUGGAGCCUUUAUCGGUGACACCACAGAAAAAUAUAAAAAGUUUACAGAGCGGAAAGAAAAUGAAAAUAGACAGGUUGGAGAUGGAAAUUCCAAAGAGAUAAAAGAAAAGGACACAAAAGAGGUAGUAUCGCUUAAUAUAUAA